UCGACUGAAUGACCAGACUAAAUUAUAUCACGAGGUGCCCGUCCAGUACCGUGGGAGGCUUCGUCAUUUCUUUCAGUUCAGGCCCUGAACUGUACCUGUACACGUAACUCUUCACUCCUCUGGCGCAAGGCAGCAACAUUUAUCGUCGACUAAAUGUGCAGAGCUGACUGGCGUUUUACGGGAACACCUCACCUCGUUACGAUUUGCGAAUUUGCUUUGACUUUCUGCAAGACACUGUGUCUUCUCUAAUAAUUUCUUCUUCAUUUUCGAGCGUUUGGUUUCAUACUGUGCAUAUUUCGUUCUCCUUGAAUGUCGUAGAUAUUCUCAUCGCCAGGACCGACAGACAUACAUACAUUCAGUACCCACCCGGUCGUCGUCCAGCAAAGAAAGAAAGAGUUGUUAUACAUCCCACCCCGCCCACCAUGGAGAUCCCACGCGGCCACGCCAUGCUCCCGCUCAACGACGCCGACUUCCUCGAUUUCGUCUUCAACUACUUCAAAGCCGAAUACGCACCCAUCCGAUCGAUAUGGAGCACCGCGACCGCCACCCCCCGCCACAGCGAACGCUGGGUCGGCAUGGGCCACGAGCUGUCUCCGCUGGGAUUCCGGCCCGCGAACGCCCAGGCGCAGAAGGACCUCGAGUCCCUGGACUACUUCAUCCGGCUGAAGAAUCUCGAUGCGGGCUUUGUGAGGGGUCUUGUCGUGCGGUAUGCUAAGUACGAACAGCACGAGCGGUUGGAGAAGAAGUUGUAUGAGAGUAAUAGAUUGGACUUGAUGGUCCGGAAGGCGCUGAAGGAGAAGCAUCUUAUCAAUUCGCUGUGGCCGAGCCCCGCGCCGAGGAAUAUCCAGCCGGAGCUUCUGCAGCAGGGCGUCAAGGUUCGGCAGUGGUAUGGGGAUAUGUUUUACAAGUACUUCAAGUUGCUGCACUCCGUGGACGACUUCAAGCUCCGGCCUGAGGUCGACGCGAAGAUUAAAAGCAGCACGACGUUGAUGCUAGUUCCUUUCGUCGACCACUUGGUGUUUGGAACGAUCGAUCCCAUCUUGCCAAUCGUGGCGAAGGGUGCUGGGUAUUCGAAUGCUGCGGCAUGGGAACAGAAAGAUAGACUUGGGACGUUUGGUGAGCCGGAUAGGUUCGAGAUUCGGUUCGACGCCCCGGCAGACAUUACGGAUACGCAUACGAGGAGUGUCGUGAGACAGUCGCAGUGCAUGAAGUGUGGUUCGAAGAGAGAUGUGAAGGUUAUCAUAUCAAUCGAUCCGAAUCCCGGUCCUACCACUACGACAACAAGUGCAAGACCUUCGCAUAAGCAACAAAAUGCACAUACGCCAGGGCCGCGACGCAAUUCUUCCAAGACGGCGCAGAGAUACAGCCCAGGCUAUGCCAUGCCCAGUUCGAAUGAGCCUAAUCAGUCAACAGCUCCUCCUCAGCCAGAUACAAGCGAAGACAGACCUCCGUCACCCCCUCAGAAGAAGCAAUGUCCACGCUGCACAUUCUUGAACCACCCCGAUCUCACAGCCUGCGAAAUGUGCUCCGCAGAUCUUCCUGAUACUUUGGUCACGAAGCCCGCGAGUCCAGUUGCCAAACCAUCCAAAUCGUCACAUUCCCAUUCCGCUUCCGUUCCACCGCCGUCAACUGCACAGCAAAAGAAGCCCGAAGAACCGGCAACACGCCCUACAGUCAAUAGACACAGCCUCAGCGCGUCAUUGUUCUCCAUCUUCCCUUUCAACCAGCAACAGCAGACCGAGCAUCAUGCCAACCUACCCCCAGCACAGCAAAUGCCCAAGGAACCAGAAAUGACCCAAACAUCACCCGCCAUUCCUCCCAAGACCUCUCAAAAGAAGCACGUCGACUUCGACUCACCCCCCUCAACCCACCACCAGCACCGCAACCCAUCAAAGUUCCCCAAGCCCCCUAAACCAGACGACCCCAAACCCUCGCCUCCAAACCUAAUAGACGACACCCCAGGUCCAUCCACCUCCCGAGACCACCAGCAACCACCACGCACAUCCACUCCAGACAACCUCACCCAAUCCCCAGAACUCGCAAUGCUCCCCAUGACGCCCCCACCCCAAUCCUCCACAUCUACGACCCGCCCCGUCCUGCCCGGAAUGCCGCAAAAUCUAAUGGACGACUACGUUCCCGUCUCGCCAUCCUACCUCCGCGACAACGACGACGAGGACGCGGGGUGGGGCGAGAUGUCGAGGGAAGAGGCGAUACGUGCCGACGACGGCAGUGAUGACGAUGAGGAGGAUGACGGGGAGUUCGUGGACGGCAGGAGGAGUGGAGAGGGCUUGAUUGAUUUGGACGAGGUAGCGAGGGAGGAGAAGGGCGUUUGGGGGGAUAGGAGUGAUGACGAGGAUGAAGAUGAGGAAAGGGAGAGGGAAAUGUAUACCCGCUGAGCAUUCAUUCAUGUCAUUUUAGUUUCAUAUUUUGCAUACAUAUAAUUCUCUCAAUGUUUUGGAAGUGGAUCGCUCAUCCCAUCUCCAUACACGCUUACAUACGAACAAUCAAGCACAUACAACCCUCA